UCUCCCCGGCAGUCAGCUGUAAACAUGGCGCAGGAGUGCUGGAAUAAAAUAAACAUUCCGUUUCCAAGUGCUGUCUCUUCGACUCGAAUCCCAUUUACGGAUUCGAUAGAUCUCUUGAUUGAUUGCUUGCUGGCUGACUGUGAGAAAGUGUUGACCCUGUUAUGUAGUGAAGUUCUUCAGACAGAAAUCCGUGUGCUGUACGAACUGCUUUACAUUUUGAACAAUGGCUUCAGACAACACAAGCCAUUCCGUGCAUUAAAGCAGGUUGAGCAAUGUGUAAACCGUUUAAAAGAGAUGAAGUUACAAGCAGCGGUGGAAGAUCUGAAGGAAGUGUGUCCAAACAAAUUUCAGAGGGAAGCCGGAGCCGAGGCUGGGGAGUGUGAUGUUCCCAGUCAGCCCAUGUUGGAGUGGCUCGGCCUCAAGCUGCUUGGAGCCUCCAGUCUUUUAGGCCGAACGCUGGAACGAUGCACCAAAGCUUUCUUAUUAACACGACAGCAUCUGCGUCUGGGCGAGUUCAUUGUGCUGAAUGUGGUGAUAACCAGCAUGCUCAGUCGUCUCUGGGUUUUUUUCAGAGGUAUUCUGCGAGCCCUCAUCCCCAUGUACAGAAGAAACUGUGAACUGCUCCAGAAGGUGUCUCAGUCUCAGCCCAUGGCCUAUCUGACUGACUUCACUCUACCUGAGGACCUGAAAGACUUCCUGUGCCUCACAUACCCUGAUCUAAAGAUUGAAGAAGUUACCAAAGACCUCUUAAAGGGCACAAGAGGAAAAAGAAAGUCCAAAUUUUCUCUCCUUUCCAAGUUGUUUGGGGAGACCGAGCAACAAGAAGAGAUUGGAGAAGGGGAGAGAGAUCUGAUGCCAAUAUUAAGCGCUGGACAUUAUGAAGUUUCUAGCCUGGACCUCGGAGCAGCAGUUUCACAACGACGGACCGAUUACUCAGAUGUGUCACCCUAUGGACUGGACAUAAAGGCUAUGCUUCAGCAGUCUUCCAAAACCACCAAACAGAAAUCUUUGGAGCAACAGAUGAAAUUGGACAGCUCCAGUAAAGCAUCAUUGUGUCAGAAGAGGACGUUUUUGAAGUCACUGAAGAAGACGUCUUCUUUUAGAAACAUGGCAGCCCUAUUAAAGGAACUGAUGAACUGGUGCCGGAGCUGCAAGUUUUAUCAAGAGCACAAACGCCUGGCCUUCCUGAGCCUGAAGUGUGGGAGAAUGGAAAGUCUGGAAGCUGAAGGUGUCAGGGUGGAGAAAAGAUUGAAGAUGUUUAAUAUAAAAGUUCAAAAGGCAUUGACUCUUCAACAAACUUUUCCACCGAAACAUUCCUGUUCCUUGCCUGCGCUUUUGAGAACUCGAUGGCAGAACAAAUUCUUCAUGAGACACUUCAGAACUCUCAGGCGCAGGUCAGCAGUGUCCAGGAAGUCCUCUGGAACCGUAAAAGGAUCAUUAAAUCAAAGGAGGAAAUGCAGGCCACUACUACAAUCCUCAAAUGAAGUGGAGUCAGGACAAAAUGUGACAGUUUCAGUUGAGAAAGAAAAAAUGGACUCGCAGACUUCGUUGCAGGAACCUAAUAUUCCGAAAGAUGAUAUUGAUGAUAUUUUUGAAUCCUUUGGACUUUAAGUUUUUCACAGUGAUCAUGUGGACAAUUUUUGUAGCCGCAUUCAGAAACCCUCCAGCCAAAAAAUACUAUUAAAUAAAAAUUCCGUUC